AUGCCUCCUCCACCAGGUCUUGCAAAGACCGCCAACCCUAUUCAUCUGUACAGAAGCAUCCUCCGGGAAGCGACGUAUCUGCCCCCCACAUGCAGGAAGCAAGUUGAGGCGCGCAUUCGCCUCCGGUUCGACCACCACCGACAUGAUCCGAAUUCAGGCAUGCGUCUCAAACGGGCCAGCCACGACCUCCGCUACCUCCGCGCUGCAAACUGUGGCGACCUCGUGCGCAUGCGCCGAAUAAUGAUGAUGGCCUUUGGGCGCAUCGGCUGGAGACGCCAGGAGCUGAUGUCUGGACUGCGCCUCCUCGACCAGCCCAACAGCUCGGCUGAGCUGGAACAGAGGCUGGCAGAUGUCAGGCCAGAAACCGACUGGCUGGACAAAUGGAACACGGAAAAGCUGCUCGCUUUUGCCAAGAGCCAGAGCCAGCACACCGUACACAACUCUCCACGGCCGCAGGUCAAUCCGAAAAGGCUCAACCCCGCGGAAGCCGUGCCUCCGGUAAAUGCCUGGGGACGACCGUUUGUGCCGAAAGUGGCUCGCACCAAGCUGAAGAAGUGGUGGAAAAGCCUUGCCCACCGCAUCCUGCCACCCCUGCCUCGAGGGGACUGGGAGCUGCUGCGCAAGCUUGCCACGGGCCAGGCUGGUGCUGAGUGGAUGGCACCCUCCCGGCGAACCGUGGUAAAAACCAGCACAGAGCCGGAAAAUGACACGUUUUCUGGCUGGGAUUGGGAGAAAUAUGCCACGCGUCCUAUCCGGGUUGUCGAACGCCCACGCUCAAGGCGCUUCCGAGUCUCCUUUGGGGUUGCCCAGGAUGCGCCCGGUCCCUACGACGGCCCGGCCAUUGGCAUCCACCGCUACACCCCACGGCUCUGGCGAAGGCUUUACGCAGAGAUUUGGCAGAUGAGCGCGACAAUGGAGCCGCGUGCGGGAGGCGGCUGGACUAUCACAUGGGGCGGAGUGGCGCCGAAGCUGCUUCAGCCGACGGCGGCCGAUCUCGCCUUCUUUGAAGGCGUCGAUAGCAAGGGCAAUGUGCCAAAGCCGGAGGGCAAGGCACCACCCCGAGAAGCCACGAGCUGA